AUGAAGAAAUUGGGUGUCAUUCAUGCCAUCAAAGGACUAUGGGGAAUGCUGGUAGUGAUUAUGCCUAGAAAAGAUAGAAAAAGAAGAAUCUAUAUUGAUUAUCAGAAAUUAAACAUAGUAACUGAAAAAGAUAUUUAUCCUUUACCCAAUAUUAAUAAGAUUCUUGACAGUUUUGGAAAAGCAAAAUA